GCAUCCUCUACUGUUGAUGUGUCCACACAGACGUCGUGGAGCAGGAGCGUUUCCUGCUGCAUCAGGAGACUCUGCCUCGUCAGCUGCUGGAGGAGAAACAGCAGAACCCGGACACCAUGCCUCUGCUCAGCGCUUACAACCUCAUACAGUUGUACAUCUGCGACGACAACAGGGGUGCUAACGAGUAUGACUACAAAAAAGCUCUGGAUCUGUUGGAGUACAUUGACGAGGAGGAUGAAGUGGACAUCGGCGCGCUGAAAUGUGAAAUCCUCUCCAAAGCUCUGAGGAGAGACGACUGGUCGACGUCUGACGGCAGCGAUGAUCCUCUGGAAGCUGCCAAAGACAGCAUCUUCAUCAAGAUCCUCCUCAAACUCAUCCAGGAAGGUGUCUCUCUGCAGACGUACCUGCCUGACGUCAAAGAUCUGCUGGACUCUGGCGACCUCUGCGCUUUGAAAACGAAACCUUAUUUUGAGUUUGUCCUUCGAGCCAAUUACGAACAUUACCUUCAGGCCCAGAUGUGACGAGCGACGAGUUUCACUUCAGCUUCACUUCAGAAGUUCCAUUUUUUUCUAAAUAAACCUGUCGAUUGUU